AUGUCAUCGCUCGAUGAUUAUGAUGAAUUUGGCAACUACAUUGGUGCCGACCUUGACUCCGACGACGAGGGCGAUGUAUCCCAAAUCCCUUCGUAUGCCCAGCCUUCUGGAAGUGCCGCGCCUUUAGAAGGAUACGAUGAGGAUGUGCCGAUGCCAGGACCAGACGACAAUGCGCUUAUGGAGAUUAACCAACCUGUACAUAAUGCUGUCAUUCUACACGAAGACAAACAGUACUAUCCUUCUGCGUCAGACGUCUAUGGUCCCGACGUUGAAACUAUGGUCCAGGAAGAAGACGCCCAGCCGCUCACAGAGCCUAUCAUUGCCCCCGUAAAAGUGCGAAAAUGGACAGUAGAGGAGAAAGAUAUGCCCGAAACAAGAUUUGACAAAGGGUUUUUGCUGAAUAUGACCGCUUACCCGGAUAUGAUUCGUAACGUAGCGGUCGUUGGGCAUCUGCACCAUGGAAAGACGGCGCUGAUGGAUAUGCUUGUGUUCGAGACGCACAAACUCAUUUGGGACUCUGACCACCCGACGCGGUAUACGGAUACCCAUGUCCUUUCUCGUGCCAGGGAAAUCUCCAUAAAAUCAUCUCCAAUGUCUCUUGUUCUUUCUACGACAAGUGGGAAGUCCCAUCUUAUUCAUAUAAUUGACACGCCAGGUCAUGUCAACUUUGUCGAUGAGGUUGCCUCAGCUAUCCGUCUUGUUGACGGAAUACUGCUGGUUGUUGAUGUUGUUGAAGGCCUUAUGGUGGGCGCUGAAUCAAUCAUCCGACAUGCUAUUCAGGAAAAUAUUAAAAUCACGCUCGUCGUGAACAAAGUCGACCGGCUGAUUCUUGAAUUGAGAAUAAAGCCUCAAGAUGCAUACUACAAGAUUAAGCAUACAAUAGAAGAGAUAAAUACGUUUAUCAGUAACAUUGACCCAGAUCCUGAACUCAGGCUUAGUCCAGAACACGGCAACGUUGCUUUUGCUAGCACUGACAUGGGUUGGUGCUUCACCCUGCGUUCUUUCGCACAGAUGUACGCAGACGCGUUUGGCAAACUUGACGUUACUGCAUUUGCUGACAGAUUGUGGGGCGACAUCUACUUCGACUCAGAAACCCGAAAAUUCACUCGCAAACCUAAAGAUCCUGAACACAGCCGGAGCUUUGUACAUUUCAUUUUAGAACCUUUGUACAAGCUAUACUCCCAGGUUCUCAGUGAGGACACUGAGACUUUGAAGGAUACGCUUCAAGGCUUGGGAAUUCAGCUGAAGCCUGUCAUGUACAAGAUGGAUGUUCGACCAUUAUUGAAAGCUGUUCUUGAUCAAUUUUUUGGUCCAGCAACUGGUCUAGUUGAUGUGAUCGUGGAUAAUAUUCCUUCUCCCGUCGAAGGCGCAGCGAACAAGAUUGAAGGCACGUACAGUGGCCCUCAAACUUCGAGUUUAGCUGGUUCAAUGAAGGCUUGUGAUGCUGAUGGCUCUGUGAUGGUUCAAGUCUCCAAAUUAUAUCACACAACGGAUGCCCAGUCUUUCCGCGCCUUUGGCCGAGUGAUGAGCGGUACGCUACGAAAGGGCAUGAGUAUUAAGGUGUUAGGAGAAGGCUAUUCUCCUGAGGAUGAAGAAGAUAUGGUCACAGCCACCAUCGAUGAUAUUUGGAUCAGUGAAGCCCGUUACUUCAUUUCAGCUGAAGAAGUUCCCGCCGGGAAUUUGGUUCUAAUCGGUGGUGUGGAUGCCUCAAUAUCAAAGACAGCAACAUUGGCGGCUACUGAUAUUGAAGAAGGCCUACACAUCUUCCGACCAAUCAAGCAUAUGACACAAUCCGUCUUGAAAAUUGCCAUCGAACCGAUAGCGCCGUCGGAAUUACCGAAGAUGCUGUCAGGUCUACGCUCAAUCAAUAAAUCAUACCCGCUGGUGUCCACCAAGGUCGAAGAGAGCGGCGAGCAUGUCGUCAUUGGGACUGGAGAGCUGUACUUGGAUUGCGUGAUGCAUGAUCUAAGAAAACUGUUCUCAGAAAUCGAGAUCAAGGUGUCAGAUCCAGUGACCAAGUUCUGUGAAACGGUUCUCGAAACAAGCGCUCUCAAGUGCUAUGCUGAUACCCCGAAUAAGAAGAAUAAGAUCACUAUGAUUGCGGAACCUCUUGAACGGGGUAUUGCGGAGGAUAUUGAACGAGGACGUGUUCACAUGCGCAUGACCGCGAAAGAACGAGGAACGUUCUUCCAGGAGCAGUACCAGUGGGAUCUCUUGGCGUCACGGUCAAUAUGGGCCUUCGGUCCGGACGAAAACGGACCGAAUAUUCUGCUGGAUGACACGUUACCAUCCCAGGUCGAUAAGAAACUCUUGAGUACAGUCAAGGAGCAUAUCAAGCAAGGAUUCCAAUGGGGCGCCCGAGAAGGCCCGCUUUGCGAUGAACCCAUGCGAAAUGUAAAGUUCCGAGUGCUGGAUGCUAGCCUAGCUCAAGAGCCAAUUUACCGAGGAGGAGGGCAAAUUGUACCCACGGCACGGAGGGUUUGCUAUUCGUCGUUUCUGAUGGCGACACCUCGUCUGAUGGAACCUAUAUAUUACGUGGAAGUUCAGACCCCUGCUGACUGUAUCUCAGCCGUGUACACUGUUCUUGCACGGCGUCGUGGGCAUGUAACACAAGACACACCAAAAGCUGGGUCACCGCUGUACACAGUGAAAGCCCUCAUUCCGGUUAUUGAUGCCAAUGGCUUCGAAACAGACCUGAGAACUGCUACCCAAGGGCAGGCAUUCUGUCUACAAGUCUUUGACCAUUGGUCAAUAGUCCCAGGCGAUCCCACGGACACAAGCAUCAGACUCCGGCCACUCGAACCUGCAUCAGGUCAAGCGCUGGCCCGCGAUCUUGUGUUGAAAACGCGCCGGCGAAAAGGUCUUGGUGAUCAGAUUGCUGUCUCCAAGUACUUGGAUGACGAGUUUGUGGUGACAUACUCUGUGCUUGCUCUUGCGGCAACCACUGCCUUGGCUCAAACAGACGACCCGAAACCAUCUUUUACUCCUACUGAAAUCAAAGCGCCCUUCAUAGAACAAUUUACGGAAGAUUGGUCUGGACGGUGGACGCCCUCAGAGGCGACGAAGAAGACGCCUGUCGGCGGAGAGACCUUUAGCUACGUCGGCCAAUGGGAAGUUGAGGAACCUUCCAUCUCGGUCAUCGACGGAGACCUAGGUCUUGUUGCUAAGACCAAGGCUGCACACCAUGCAAUUUCAGCGGCUUUUGCUGACUCCGUUGACUUCAAGACUGAGCCUCUCGUUGUUCAGUAUGAAGUCAAGUACCAGAAGGGCGGCAACUGUGGUGGUGGUUACCUCAAGCUCCUUGAAGACGGUUUCCAAACCAGCGGUAAGGAGUUCUCUGAUACCACGCCCUGGGUUGUUAUGUUCGGACCUGAUCUUACGUGUCCUGGAACUAAGGUUCAUUUUAUCUUCCGUCAUACAAACCCUAAGACUGGCGAGACCGAAGAGAAACAUCUCAAGCUGCCUCCCAAGCCCUCAAUUGAAAAGAAGACCAACUUGUAUACCCUCGUUAUCAACCCCAACAAUACCUACGAAGUUUUCUUCAAUGGAGAGAGUCAGAAAGCAGGUUCCCUACUUGAAGACUUCGACCCCCCGGUGAAUCCGUCCAAGGAAAUUGAUGAUCCUGAGGAUACUAAGCCAGAGGACUGGGUUGACAUCAAAAGGAUUCCUGAUCCUGAUGCCACGAAGCCCGAUGACUGGGAUGAAGAGGCCCCCUAUGAAAUUCCUGACGAAGAGGCGAAAAAGCCCGAAGGCUGGCUCGAUGAUGAGCCCCUGACCAUUCCUGACCCUGACGCUGAGAAGCCCGAAGAAUGGGACGAUGAGGAAGAUGGUGACUGGAUCGCGCCAACCGUCGCCAACCCAGUUUGCGCUGAGGCUCCCGGUUGUGGCGAAUGGAAACGUCCUACUAAGGCCAACCCUGCCUACAAGGGCAAGUGGUAUGCACCAAUGAUCGACAACCCUGCAUAUAUCGGCGAAUGGGCACCUCGCAAGAUCCCUAACCCCAACUUCUUUGAAGACUUGACUCCAGUUAACUCUCUUUCAAAGAUUGGCGGUGUCGGAAUUGAACUGUGGACCAUGACCGAAGACAUUCUAUUCGAUAAUAUCUACAUCGGACACUCGCUUGAGGAUGCAAAAGCUUUGGCUGCUGAGACCUUCGACAUUAAGAAACCUCUUGAGGUUGCCACUGGCAAGCCCAAGGAUGACGCCGAUGAGGAUGACCUCACGUUCCGCGAGGAUCCCGUUGGCUACUUGCGUGAGAAGGUCUUCGACUUCAUCGACCUUGCCAAAUUGGAUGUCGUUCUUGCCUUCAAGACACACCCUGAGACUGGCGCCGCUCUUGCUGCCGCUUUGCUCACAUUCUUCGGCAUGGUUGGCACUCUUUUGGGUCUCAUUGGUGGUCAACAAAAGCCUGUUGUCAAGUCCUCGAAAAAGACUGAUGCUCCUACUCCCGACGACAAGAAGGCCGAAACGGCGCCUGUUGCUCCUGCUGGUGAUGAAAAGAAGGAAGAAGGUGGUGCCAAGAAGCGCAAGUAA